CAUUCUUGGCAUGAACUUUCAAGUUUCCUGCCAGUCAGAUCCCAAACGUCACAGAAGCCGCGGCAUCACAGGCGCCAGCGCCCCCAUCAUCCCCAGCGCCCCUCCACUCGGUUAACCAAAGAGCGCACUGGAGGUGGAGGGGCAGCAGCCAUCAGCCCGCUCCCCGCCUCCUGGACAGAGCCUCCGUCAGCAUGGGGGUGACAGGUACCAGUGCAUUCCCCUGCUGUAGCAAGAAUGCUGUGGACAUCGUGGAAAGAACGAAUGACUACCAGCAGCCCCAUGCCCAUAAAGACAAAGAGGACGAAGAGAAAGAGCCUGAAGCGGAAUUGCCCAAGCUGGAACCCCUCCCCAACGUGCAGCCGGACCUAGGCCCAGUGCCACAGCUGGAGGAGAUGGAGCCAGUGGUGGUGCCCUCUAAACCCCCACCAGAGGCUAAAGGGGACGGCUUCAUCGAAAGUUCGGAGCAGCAGGGCUACAGGAUCGAAUCCUAUGAUGAAGAGCUGUCAUCCAGGCCCUGGAGCUUCAACGCAAACUCAAGCAACCAGGAAGAGGAACACGUGGGUGCCACCACCCAGUUCCGCUCCAUCCCUGUGCAGACCUCCAAACACCUCUUCUGGUCCAACAAGCUCAUCCAGGCGUCGGAGCACAGCCUCCAGCGGGCCUUGGAGAAACAUCCCAAGGGCUCCCGGGAAAAGAAGUGUGUCUCCAUUUCCCAGGUCCUCACAGACUGUGCCCCACUACCAUCCAGCCCCCGAAUAUCUUGCACCAGCCUGCCCACAGCCAUUGGCCUGGCAGAUCUGAUCAACUUCGCCUCUUCCCUGGCUGUAGCCUCCUCCAGCAACAUGAACUUGCCUAGUUUAGAAAAUUUAAUCAAAGGUACAUCUGAGAAGUCCCAGGAGACAGCUGUAGAGCUUUGCCAGCCAGGCCAGUCCAUCAAGUUUGCCCAGGCUACCCAGAUUACCCAGAUAUCCUCGGAGAAGCAUGAGAAACCUCCUGAAGACAUGACAACUCAAAAAUCUUGGACUCAAGAAACCAAGAACGUAGCUUGCUCUUACCUAGAUUUUAGUAAGACAGGGCUCAAGAACGCCACCAUCCAAGGGGAAGUGAAGUUUGUCCAGGCACCAACCAUGUCCCCUCAGCUUCAGGGAGCCAAAGAAGACUCGGUGCCGGGAACCAAGAAAGGGAAUCCAUUAUUGCUGAAAAUCCAUUUUAAGUUGUCAUCCCCCUCACCCCCAGAGAAAUAACUAGACAGAAACAGUAAAGCCUCCAGUGCUGGCC